AUGUCGACAAGUACAAUCGAACCUAUUCAUCAAGAAGAAAAAUACUAUACUUUUAGGACACCAGGAGAAACCCGUCACAAGCUCCAUGUUGUUGACCCAGACUACGGUUUAUUUGACAGAAAUGCCCAUAAAACAGGAUUUGGGUUCAAUACUAAAAAGUUUAUGAGGAAAAUAAGGGGAAGGAAGAGUACAGAAGAUUUUCAAAUCUCCAAUGAAUUCCAACUACGUGCCGAGCCGGAAAUCUAUGAUUCGGGCAUUCAAGAGUUAAGUGUUAGUCCCGAAAGACUAUUUCCCGACCUUCCAAUUGAUUCCGAAUCAAGUGAGUCAGAUACUGAGUCCAUAGCGGAAUGUGAAUCUGUAUUCUCAGGUCAAGCCAUUUCAAAUUCACUAAUCGGUUCAAAAUCCAGAUCUAUUUCCCGGAACAGUGGUAUGUCACAAAAGAAGACUGCGCUUACAUUUUCUGACAAACUAUGCAGGCCUAAAAAAACUUCUCCAAUUCAGUAUAAGACGAAGAUUGAAAUGGAAUAUGAAAAACUCAAAAUAAAGGCAGCCAGGCAUAAAGCUGAGAAAGAGGCGUUAAAAUGUAAGCUACUAAGAAAGGAAAUGGCAUCCAAGAUGCGAGAUUAUGAGUACUAUUGCAUAAAUAGGAUUGAACAUCGAGAUCAACAUCAACCCCAUAAUAGAAAACAGGGGCGACCAGUAAUCCAAGAUUCGCUUCCUAUUGCACCAUCUUGUUAUUUCCCAAAUAAGACUUUGAAAGGGUCCAGAGGAUCAAUAAGGCAUCCUUUGUCUCAAUUAUGUGAUAAAUUGCCUUCUGAUAUAUCGGAAGCUUUGCGGUAUAGUGCGUCAAUGACGCCAACCACAAGAGCUGUCGAAGAUUUCCACCGUUAUGUGGAAAUUUGGGUCAGUGGGUUACCAUUGGUGAAUGUUAUUUGGCCAGUGCUGCACCUCAUCGGUGCAUUUAUUCCUAGAGGAGAUCCAAAUAGUCGGAGUCUAGUGUCUCUUGUUGUUGCUUUUAUUGAUUUGCUUAUACUUUACAUGACAGGGCUGGCCACUUACUACUUUACGUAUUACGCAUACAAGGCAAUCACUAGUUUACUCUACAUCGGUAAGUUGUUCCAUUUAAUGUAA